AGCGUCGGUGCCGCCGGGCCGGGCCGGGCCAUGUCCGCGUGAGGCCGCCGCCGCCGCCCCGGGCCGCCGCGCACCAUGGGCUCCAUCCUGAGCCGCCGCAUCGCGGGCGUGGAGGACAUCGACAUCCAGGCCAACUCGGCCUACCGCUACCCCCCCAAGUCCGGAAACUACUUCGCCUCGCACUUUUUCAUGGGGGGCGAGAAGUUCGACACCCCUCACCCUGAAGGGUACCUCUUCGGAGAGAACAUGGACCUGAACUUCCUGGGCAGCCGCCCCGUCCAGUUUCCUUAUGUCACACCCGCUCCCCACGAGCCCGUGAAGACGCUGAGGAGCCUGGUGAACAUCCGCAAAGACUCCCUCCGGCUCGUGAGGUACAAGGACGGUGGCGACAGCCCCGGCGAGGACAGUGACCGGCCACGGGCACUCUACAGCCUGGAGUUCACCUUCGAUGCGGACGCGCGCGUGGCCAUCACUGUGUACUGCCAGGCGGCCGAGGAGUUCCUCAACGGCUCCGCCGCGUACAGCCCCCGAAGCCCCGCCCUGCGGUCAGAGACCGUCCACUACAAACGCGGCGCUGGCCAGCACUUCUCCCUGCCCUCCUUCAAGAUCGACUUCUCGGAGUGGAAGGACGACGAGUUGAACUUUGACCUGGACCGGGGCAUAUUUCCAGUGGUCAUCCAGGCCGUGGUGGAUGAAGGCGAUGUGGUGGAGGUAACUGGCCACGCCCACGUGCUCUUGGCCGCCUUUGAAAAGCACGUGGAUGGCAGCUUCUCGGUGAAGCCUUUGAAGCAGAAGCAGAUCGUGGACCGGGUGAGCUACCUGCUGCAGGAGAUCUAUGGCAUCGAGAACAAGAACAGCCAGGAGACGAAGCCCGCGGACGAGGAGAACAGCGACAACAGCAGCGAGUGCGUGGUGUGCCUGUCGGACCUCCGGGACACACUCAUCCUGCCGUGCCGCCACCUCUGCCUCUGCAACUCCUGCGCCGACACGCUGCGCUACCAGGCCAGCAGCUGCCCCAUCUGCCGCCUGCCCUUCCGGGCACUUCUGCAGAUCCGGGCAGUGCGGAAGAAGCCCGGAGCACUGUCCCCCGUCUCCUUCAGCCCUGUGCUGGCCCAGAGCAUGGAUCAUGAGGAACACGCGUGUCCCCUUAAAAAAUCAAAGUCGCACCCUGCCUCCCUGGCCAGCAAGAAACCUAAAAGGGAAACAAGCCCUGACAGCGUCCCGCCUGGCUAUGAGCCCAUCUCCCUGCUUGAGGCGCUCAACGGCCUCAGGGCCGCAUCCCCGGCCCUGCCGUCAGCCCCCCUCUAUGAGGAGGUCACUUCCUCGGCUGGCUCGGAUGGCCUGUCCCAGGCCAGCUGUCCCCGCGCAGGGAUGGAGCGCCUGCAGAUGGCGCCACGGACCAAGUCCCCGGACAGCACCCUGCACUCCCCGCCGUCCCCCACCCACCUGGACGAGGAGCCACUCUCUCAGGACUCGCCGCUGCCCCCCGUGCUCAGCAGCUCCCCAGAGAGUUUCGUGAUGGAGGAACCUGAGGAGACGACGUCCCCCAAGCAAGGAAGCCGAGCUCCCUCCAUAGAGAACGUGCUGCAGGACAGCCCAGAACAGCGAGGCUGCGGCGCCCCCGCCGACAUCUGCCUGCCAGGAUGGCCCACCUCCCUGGACACACCCCGCAGCCUUCGCAGCACCAGCGCCCCCAGGCCCCCCCCGCCGGGUGGCUCCAGUCCUGAGCCGGGGACCACCGAGCUGACCCCCCUCUGAGCCUGCCAGUGGGGCCUGAGCCCUCAGCUCCUGACUCCAGGCGGCCCCCCUGCCUCUCCCACCUCUGAGGAACCCGAGGACCCUGAGCACAGCGCACAGCCCACAGACCCCCUCCAGCGGCCGGUGCCUUGACGGGCCAGCCACCUGGGAACUCCGCACACCUGCAGAAGAGAACUGGGUGGAGGGGAAAGCAGGCCUGGUCACGGCCAGUGAAGUGGUGCCUGCCUGGUCGCCCUCUGUCCCUCUGUGCCCCCACCCGUCACGCUGCCACCAGCCCCAUCUUGCAGGCUCCCCACUCCAGCCCCAGGGCACCCGGCCUCCUCAGAACUGCCCUCUUCGGUCCCUGAGCUCAGUGCCCGACAGCCAGCCGGCCUCACCUCCGAAACUCACUCCCAGGUUCCUCAUCUUGUGCCCUUGGGGCACCCCCAGGGCCGGCUGGGAACCAGGACCAGCGGCUUUCCCAGGGAGCUGGGUCCCGGCUGAGGUGACUUCCCCCACCCCCAAGCAAUAGAAUGACUUGGGGUCAAGCGCCACGGGCUAGGCAUACCCCCUUUAGUGCCCACACUUCCUCCUGGGGACAAGCCCCCUUCCAGCUGUCAGGGCCUGGAACAUUACAUGUCCUGCAGGGCUGGGUGAUGGGAAUUGUGCCACUUCCCUUCCAGCAGCGCACACCGGGGCUGGGUGCCCCAGGUCAGCCCUCUCCCUCCACCUGGCCCCAGUCUCUCCGGCCAGGACCCCCUACUGGUCCCUUACCAUGGGGGGCCACCGGCUUGUCUCGGACUUCAUGAGACAUCAGCGUCAGCCGAUGCAUCUGAUUGGCUGGCUUGGGUCUGUUUUUACUGUACAUUUGUAGUAAUAAAAUCCUGCAGUGAG